AUGGCUAAGGAAGAAGAGCAAUAUCAAUCAGUUUUUUCUCCCGAAGCAAAAGACGAUUCCUCGUCAAAGCAACAUUACAGAGAUCUAGCACUCAACUUGGUUAAUAGCGCAGUUCAAAGAGGCAAUAAUCUAGCACAGCAAAAGCCAGGUAGUAAAAGAGCUCUUGCUGCGAGUACUGCAUCAACCCUUUUGGAAAUGAGUAUGGAAAAGCUCAACAACAAUGGCAGAGGAUUGCCAUCCAAUUUGACAGCUGAAGAUAUUCAACAUAUAGCAUCUAUGCCCGAUUCUGCCGAGGAUAAUGAGAGCAAGGCAUCAUCCACCCAGAGUCACUUUGCCGAUCGAAUGAUUGAAAAGUUAUUGAGGUCCACGUUACCUGAGGAUAUCCCUGAGAGAGAAGUGUUUGAGAAACGGUUACGUGACCCCGAAAGAAACAAGAGACCAGGAUUAUCCAUUGGAACAUUGGCUUCCAAUGUUAAGAAAUUGGCCAGUAAAAUGACAAACUUUUUUGCCUUGCAAUAUGCAUUGAUUUACAUUGUUACUUGGAAGCAACCGACAAAGACAUUGAGCGUCUUGGUGCUAUACACUGCAGCUUGUCUUUGGCCACAUUUGGUUAUUGCCUACCCAUUGAUGUUUCUCCUUUUUGGCGUGCUUAUCCCUGGAUACGUUCACAGACAUCCACCAAGACGUCUCGAUUUGAUCAAAGUCAAGAAAAGGGGACAAUCUUUGUUGAGCUUUUUCAACUCUACACUGGAGUCCAGUAUUGUAGAGGAUAUGGUUGACGAAGAUUACAUGAGGGAGGACGCCGAAGUCGCUUCAUCUGGGUACUCGAUUUCUGACGAGGCGUCGGAAGUAACGAUUUCAUCAGCUCAAGUAACUUCUAGUGAGGUAAAGAGUAGCUCUGCUCCCAAAGAAAAGAAGGAGACUGCCAGACAUAGGAAAUCCAAUUUAGACCUUUUGAUCAACUUGCGGGAUUUUCAAAACUUGACAUCCGACUUGAUCAAAGGGAUGGACAAAAGUGAACAGUUUUAUUUUGAAACUGCCGGCUUUAAAGAUGAAAGAUUGUCUACUUUUAUCUUUUAUGGAGUUUUACUUGCUACAUUUGCUACGUUGUUCGUAGGACAAUAUAUACCUUGGAGAGCCAUUUUCAUUCAAACUGGUUGGGUAGGGUUAAUCUUGUGUCACCCCAAAGCCAAGAAGUACUUGGUCGAUAUGAGCAACACCAGGAAAGCCAGAACUAGAAAGGCAAAAGAGGAGGCAAAAUUUGCUCAACAUUCAGAACCACAAGAAUCAGACCUGAAUGGCAAACCGAGCUCAUCUUUUAUUGAUGAACUACUCAAUGAUGGAAAGAAAUUUGAUCGAGACGACAUUAUUGUUGAUGAUGCACCAGAGGUGAGAGUAGUUGAGGUUUUCCAGUUGCAAAUCAAGAGUAUAUUGAAAAACAAUUGGACCUUUUACAGAUACUCAACUACUAUGUAUGACACUGAGAAUAAGACACGGGUAUCAGGUAAAAGACCGCCCGGGGUUGAGUACUUGUCUGAGGUAUUGCCACCUCACGAUUGGAAAUUUGACAUGGGAUUCGUCAACAAGUGGGUAUUGGAUACAGAUCCAAAAUCUUUUAUCGAGGAAAGAUCAUUGAAACCUGAUUUAUUCGUAGUUAAAGAUAACGAGAAAGAAGGGUGGAUAUACGACAACAUGGAGGGAGUCGUGCAUCUGGAUAUUGUCUAUGAAUUCAGAAGAAGAAGACUAUAUAGGGAGUGUUAUAGGUACGCCAGGCCGCACAAAAGGCCCAAGAGUGCGUAG